GCGCCGGAAGAAGGAAGAGAGUCGCCCUUAGAGGGGGGAAAAAGUCUGUUGACAGCAGUAACAAUAAUACACAAAAUUCAGCACGUUUAAGGUGCUAUUGCAUCCGUGCAUCAUCCAUUUCGAGUGUUUGUAUAUUGCAAGAGCUUUCGGGGUACCUGCCCGUUGCAUUUUUAUGUUUUGUGUUGUUUGUGUUUGAGUUAAUUUGUGGUUACUUUUAACUCAUCAACCAGGCAUGGAAUAUGGCAGCAACUGAAACACAGUGUAUGCUAAGCGUCGGAUUGAUUGAAAAAGAUGUGAAUGGAGACACUCUGUGGGUCUGGUGCUAUCCCUCUGUGGGCUCACAACUGAGACAGGUCCUGCUCAGCAAGUGCUGUCUGACACAGGGCAAUGAAGACUUUCACACAUUUGUGUUUGGCCAGUUCAGUCGUACUUGGUAUUACAUCAGCACACUGGAAGUACAGGAACCUACAGCUCUAAAAAAGGUUACUCAUUUUUCAGUGGUAGUAACAGCAAAAGACUUCAACCCUGAGAAAUAUGCAGCACUCAAUCGGAUACUGUGCAGGAUGUACAUCAAAUAUGGCAGUCCAGUGAAAAUGAUGGAGGCCUACAUCACUGUCCUCACCAAAGGUGUUUGUCAGAGUGAAGAGAACGGCUCAUUUCUAAUCAAGGACCACGAUGUUCAGAAGGCGUUCCUGGCAGGUUCAAUCAAAGAUGUGGUGUCUCAGUUUGGCAUGGAGACCAUUAUCCUGUACACUGCCGUCAUGCUGAAAAAGAGGAUUGUUGUCCACCAUCCUCGAAUUGAAGCCUUGUUGGAGUUCACAAGAGUUCUUCCGGCCUUAACGUGGCACAGGAAAGACUGGUCCAUUCUGCAUCCAUAUGUGCACCUGACUGAUACUGAACUAGAGCAUCUCACUAAAUGUCCUGUGUAUAUAGCAGGAUUUGUUGAUCCAGAAGUGAGCAACAGAUUGGACCUGUUUGAUGUGUAUGUGAACCUCCCAGAGAGCACCAUCACAGUGUCUCAGGGUGCCAAAGAAUCCAUGAUGAUGGGGAAGUUACACAAGGACAUCGGACACCUUAUCGUCCAGUCUGCAGAGGACACAGAGAAGUCAGACAGUCAAGUCAUUAAGGACAUUUCCAUCAAGACCAAACAGAUACUUGCUCAUUUGAGGGCCCUGGCAGAUGAGUGUGAACGCUCUAAACUCACCCUGGAACAUUUACAGCAGCAUCACUUCCCCCCGGCAACGGAAAACUUCCUGUUUCAUCUAGCGGCUGCUGAGCAGAUUUUAUGCAUAUGAGCCUGCUUUGGGACGCUGCGUAGUGACAGGUACCGCUGCCACCACUGCACCGACUAUUUUUAUGACCGUACACAGUGUGCCGGUGUGUCACAUAUGACAUCCAAAAAUGUUUCUUCCUGACCUCAAAUUCCAAGACAGAAAAACAAACCCAGAAUUUUUAUUUUUUUCUGCAAAUAACUGCGUAACCUCUGUGUUCUAUGUUUGACAACUACUACUUUGUGCCUCAUUUUUAUGUAGGCUAGCUUGUUUUUCUCAACUAAACACCAGAAACAAAAACAUACUAAUCCACAGUUCUAAGUAGUUCCCAGCAAAUUCCCCAAGUACAGGUGGUCCUCUGACUACAAACGAGUUCUAUUCCUACACAGUGAUGUAAGUCACGUUUUAGUGUAAGUCGCAACUUGUACCUAAAUUACAGUAACUCCCAAGUCACUCACACUGUACACAGAACACACAAAGGACAAAUAAAGUACAGUAACAAGAAGAUUAAAUACAAGUAAGCUGCAACACUGUAAUCAAUUAUCCAAUUAAUUGUAUUUUGAUUUAAAAAUGUAAAAAUCCAAUGUUUCAGCCUCCAAAAGGUGAGUAUUUCUUUUCAUUUCGUUAGUCAUCCAUGAAAGCAGACCUGUUAUCUUUGUGUUGUAAGCAAAACAAGAUAUUCACACUCAUCAACUUUGACUUUGGAAAACAGUGAUUGACAUUUUUGCCUCUCUUAUGAUAAGUUGCGGACCAAACCACACACUGUUUGUGUUUGGUUCAUGUUCGUCUAGGGGUAAAUCCAAACAAGCUUACGAUUAAUCGACGAAGAAAAUAAUUAAAUACAAGCAUUAAAUGAAGCAAUAAUAAAAAGAGAACAACUCCUUACGUGUAUCCCUGUGGUUGUACUACCAGGCCUUCCUACCUUCUUAAAAUAUUAUCCCAGGCUCGUCUGAAAGGAUAACAUCCUUUUCUCCUCCCAGAUCUCCUUGUAACAGUGCACAGAAUCCAUGACCCUUCUAGCAUUCUUUGUUUAUCCUUAAUGAUGGUCAUGACCAAAAGAGUGGCCGAUAUUGCUGGUCGUAUCUACUCUCUUUGAGAUUUUUAUGAUGUUCAUUUUCACUUUCAUGGUGAUGGCUUUCUUUUUCUUUGGCACGCUGCCGCUUGGUAGACAUAAUGUAGUCAAAAAAGUUAAUAAGAGAUGUUAUUCUUCCUCAGUGUUGCUGUGCAGGCACACACUGUGUUCCUCCACCCAGCACAAGGCACACAUGCAGUCGUUUGCUGCGAGUGGCAUGUAUUCUUCCGGCCGGCGAGCACCGUAACUAGUUCUUGAGCGAGUCACGUGUUUACGGACCAAAAUUCUGUUUUUAAUGAAUUUAUCGAUUAUCACAAAACAUCAUAAACAGAGGACCACCUAUAGUGUUUUUAAAAAAGAAAAAUCUCUACAUUUUUAUCAUCACUCGCUUGGUAGGGUCUGACUGUCUCAUACAUGAAAAGCAUAAGGUAUUAGUUAUAGGUACGUAAUUAGUGAGCAUAGUGAUGAUCAGCAUUAGUCAAGUUUUGUUGCCCUUAAGUGUUUAAGGGCAACAAUCUGAUCAAACAACUGAUUCUUCCAUUCCCACAGAUGGACAUUGACUCUAUCCAACUUCUAAUAUUUUUUGUAUUAUUAAUAGACUGGUGGGAUGGUUUAGCGUCUCAGUAUUAUUUUAGACAGAAUACAGUGCCUCUGAUUCUUGACAUAACAGGGGAGAGUUAAAUGUAUUUUUAUGAAAAAAUGUGGUAUCUUUAAAAGCUCAGAAUAUUCUAAUGAAUAAAUUUACUUUUCAAAACUGUUGUGCUUUGGAUUUACUCUAAGUUACAGCCAGAAAAGGAGCUGGGUCCAAGCCUGCUAGGUUCCGUUGUGUUAAACUGUCGCUCAGAGUCCUCGGUGAUAGAAUAACCAUCCUUCAGCAGCCUUUGCUUGCAGCUCUUUCUCAACAUUUUCUUUUCUUAUCUGGAAAACAAGAUCAGUGUCAGCUGAAGUACUGUAAAUCUAUCUAGUAGAACGACUGAACCACAAUCUUACCAUUCCCAACUGAGGGAAGAGACUGAAGGACAGCGGGAUCAUCAGGCCGAAGACUAACGCUACACUUAGGUGACGGAUAGGAGCAACCAGCAGGGUGUUUCUCUGGAAAAGUCUUGUUCUUAAGGACAGAAACUGCUUAGUUCACUGACAAUUCUAAUCAGGUGAUUGAAAUAAGAGUCAACUGACCUCUCUAAGACUGAAACCAGGAGAUUAGGAACAGCAACAGUUGUGCCAAACAGCGCUGCUCUUGACCACGCAGUUUCCAUCACAGCCUGAGACAACAACAAAACCAUUUAAUACAAUAAUCUCUCGUUUAUCACUUAAUGGGUUCCAGACUGGACCGUGAUAAUUUAAUUUCCGCCAAGUAGGAUUCCUUCUUUAUAAAUAGAAUAUUUUAAUAGAACAUAGAAAGCUGGUUUCCGACCUUCUAAAUAUAGUUUCUAAGAUUAUUAGAGCCCUCUUAAUAUGAAAAAACAGCCCGAUAGUCACCUUGUUAAUGUGUUGUGGUGGUAUGGACAGGAAGUGACCUCAGGAGUUCACAGUAGUGCUUUAGCUUGACAUGUGCCUUUUCUUCCGGCGAUCAAGUCUGGUGCUUGUGUGUCUCACUGAACAUUAUAGUAACAUUACUGACACCUAACGACCAGUGUAGAAUACUACAGAUCAUCACAACGUCUUUGAGUGUGUCUUCUGAAUGGCUUAUAUUUGUAUUUUAGUUCAUUUAGAUAUUUUCAUGCUUGAAAAUGCUUAAUUUCGCAAAAAUAUGUAAUACAAUUUUUGGGGGGGGGAUUAGAAGCUGGCCAAAUUCAACCAUGAAACAGCAUGAUAUAUAUGUUUGAAAGAUCAAGUAGAGUGAAGCCGUGAAAUUCGAAGUGUGAAAUGGUUAGGGAUUACUGUAUAGCAAACAACCAUCAUGCAACAUUUGUGUUUGCUCCUCUUUUACCUUCUUUGCUGCUGCUUUAGAGACGCCAACAGGAUUCCCAUUGGAAUCAAACACUUGGAUUCCACUUUCAGACUCCUCCCCUCUGACAGUAAUCACGUUGAAGAAGGCAAGAGCAGCUAUUGGGAGCGACACGAUCAAGUCAUGCUCCGAUAUAUGUUCCGAUCAUAUUUAUGGAAUUUUACAGAUGAUGAACCUGAGAGUGGGAUGGGUACGAGAAACCUGAAGAAAUUCUGGAUGCUUAGACUUGUUAAACCCAGUCGGCUCACAAUAAUUUGAGGAAGGGCCUGCAACCAAAAGGGAGAUUAUACCAUUAAAAAAAAAAAAAACAAAACUUAAGGACAUACAAUCAAUCAAUCAACACUUCACUUAAUUAGGUACACUUGUACAGUCCAAUAAGAUUCAAUAUAAGAUACAUCAAAGAUUAUAAUGGCAAUCUGUUUAUUAUUGCGCAUCAUACCCAGAGUUUUAAUAUUUGUAACUUCAUGGGGGUGGGCGUAGGGUUCUGAGUAAGAUGCACAGUGCAGUUUUACACUUUAAAAGGUGUAUUAACUGAUACACCUUUUGUAUGGGAACCAGUAAAACUGAGCAUGUGUGCCUAAUGUCAAUGCUGUGACUGUACAUGUACAAAAAAGUUUACAAUCAAUCUAGGGCAGUAAUUUGUACGCACCCCUGCACACGUUGUAUACGACACCGUCCCUGCUAUCAAGAGGAGCUUAUUCGCCUUCGCUGCCUGGCCCUGCUGGUGGGUGCAGAUAAGCAGACAGUGCUAACUCUUCAUUCCUUACAAGACGUCAUUGUACCGUAACUGUCAAACAGGGAGGUACUGUACGUUUGUUUAUUAGGCCUUUAAUUGUGGUGCAAAAGUAUAGUACCUGCUCUGAGGAGGAAUUUCUGUUUGCGUGGUUGAAACCGGCGGUAUAACUCUGUAGUAAAAACUGCAAGGAAGUACAGGUAUUUAUUUCAUUCAUAUGCAUCAGGUGGGAAGUCACAAGACACAGUUUAAUAUGAUGAGUCUGUACCUGCCAGAAAAGGGCUGAUUUGAUGCUUCUGUGUGGCAGAAAGCUUCCAACAACCUAGAAAGAGACACGUUAAAAACGCCUCCAAGGAGCGCCACACUAUCAUGUGUAAUGACUGAGGGCAGACGUACCAAAGGAACUGUUAUUGGCAAAAAUGCUGGAAAAUAAAAUGUGACAUUGUUAGUAAGCAAGAACUAUCAAUACAGUAAUCCCUCAUUUAUCGUGGUUAAUUGGUUCCAGACCCGACCGUGAUAAGUGAAUUUCCGCAAAGUAGGAUUCCUUAUUUAUAAAUAAUAAUAAUAUUUUCGUAGUUAGAGCAUAGAAAACCUAUUUACAACUUUUGAAAUACAGUUUACGUUAUUAGAGCCAUUAGUUCAUUUACUUAAUUUAGGCAAAAAAUAUAUGUAAAAUUUGCUUAAAUAUGCAUACUUUUAAACUAAUAAAAGCCAUAUUCAACUAUGAAACAGCAUGAUUUUUAAAAUGAAUAUAUUAUGAAAAACCGUGAUAGAGUGAAGCCUUGAAAUUCAAAGCGCAACGUGAUGAGGGAUUACUAUAGUCACAUCAUCAUUAAACACGAGUUAGUCUGUUCCAUUACCAGCCAUAUAUCCAUCCCAUAACACCGCCUCGACCAUGUUGGACACAUGAUGUGCUAUGCUUUGGAUCAUGAGCCAUUCCUUUCCUUCUCCAUACUGUUUUAAGUUGACUUUGGUUUUAUUUGUUCAAAGAAUGCUGUAUUUUUUAAGAAAUGCAUUUGAUUCAAGUUGAAAGUCUA